UUUUCUUUCUUCCCUUUUGAAAAUCCACUCGUACCUUUUGGUCGAGGAAAAAACGACCAACGGGGCGUUGCUAUAAAAGUCUACUCUCUUACCUCUCCUCUGCACACCAUCUCAUCUAGUCUGCAUUGACUAUUUGUGAUCCAUUGACUCAUAAUGGUGCGCCUCACUCACAAUGCCCGCGUUGGGUCCAAUGGCUCUAUUUCCUCCAUGCCCAAUGGACAUGACCAGACUGCCUCCAAUGGUUCAGGUCGACACCACCGGAGUUCAUCCCUUACCUCCAAUGGAUCCAAUGGCCAGGGCCGUAGAUGCAGCAUCUCCAACAGUUUCAAUGGCCCAGCCUCUCCUACUCCUGUCAGGAAGGACGCUAAAGAUCGCUUUGAAUUGAACGUUGCAGACGAUAAUCCAGUCCCUCUCCUCCGUCCAACAAAAAACGGCGACCGUUAUGAACUGACCAGUCCAACGGCUAUGCCAAAGGCCGACGGAUUCUUGUGGAACCAGAGGAUGAUGAUCCAAGUCACCUGCCGCGGGUACGCAACUGCACAGUUCCUGCAGCCCGAGCCGGCCAAGUACGCCCAUGCGCCCAACAUCGAGGCUAAAACCUUCAUGCAGCCCGAGCAGGCCUACUAUGCGCACCAUCCAGGACGCUUCGUCUACAUCAAGGAUGAGGAGUCUGGUGAACUAUUCUCCGCGCCCUACGAGCCGUGCCGCACGCCGGUCAACCGCUUCGUCUUCUCGGUUGGCAAAAGCGACAUCCAAUGGACCGUGGAGCAUCUCGGAAUCCACGUGGAAUUGACCCUGAGCCUUCCCACCCAUGAUGUAGCAGAAAUGUGGACCGUCAAGGUCACUAACCUGUCCGGCCGCCCCCGCAAGAUCUCUGUCUACCCUUACUUCCCCAUCGGCAACAUGUCGUGGAUGAACCAGGCGGCCGAGUACCGGGAGGACUUGGGAGGAGUGGUAGCUAGCAGCGUCACGCCGUACCAGAAGGCGCAAGACUACUUCAAGAACAAGACCCUCAAGGAUAAAACUUUCUUCCUCUGUGAGACGCCGCCCACUUCGUGGGAAUGUAUGCAGGAUGCAUUCGAAGGGGAGGGUGGCCUGCAUGCCCCCUCCGCACUGAUGGAUCAGCCCGACCUAUCGAAGGGAGAUGCGCGCUACGAGGUCCCGAUAGCCGCCGUACAGUAUCGUACAUCGCUGGAAGCAAACGAGCAGCGUGCUUACCGUUUCCUGUUCGGUCCAGCCGUCGAUGAUACUGAGAUUCAUUCUAUGCGCAAGAAGUAUCUCAGCGAGGAGGGCUUCGCCAAGUCACAGCGCGACUAUGCGUUGUAUAUCGAGCAGGGGCGGGGAUGUCUCCACAUCGAAACCCCGGAUAAGCAUCUCGACAACUUCGUGAACAAUUGGUUACCUCGCCAAGUGUACUACCACGGCGAUGUGAACCGCUUAACCACUGAUCCCCAGACCAGAAACUACCUGCAAGACAACAUGGGAAUGAGCUUCAUCAAGCCAGAGGUCACACGCAAAGCUUUCCUCAAAGCACUCUCGCAACAGGAAGCAAGCGGAAACAUGCCAGACGGAAUUCUCUUGGCAGAAGGUGCGGAAUUGAAGUACAUCAAUCAGGUACCACACACCGACCAUUGUGUCUGGUUGCCGGUCACGUUGGAAGUCUACCUUGCCGAGACUGGCGAUUAUGAUGUCCUGGACGAGGAGGUGAAGAGGGUUGAUGGAACCACCAACACUGUGUUCUGGGGCUUCUGCAAAGCCAUGGACUGGUUGAUCGCUGCGCGCGACGAGCGUGGCCUCAGCUACAUCAAGGAGGGAGAUUGGUGUGAUCCGAUGAAUAUGGUCGGGUACAAAGGUAAAGGUGUUUCGGGCUGGCUGACUGUUGCUAGCGGAGUGGCGCUGAAGAUUUGGGCUGGUAUCUGCGACCAACAAGGCCAACCCAGGCUGGCUGCAAGAUACCGCGCUGGAGUACAAGCGGUCAACGAAGCUGCCAAUACCCAUCUUUGGGACGGCGAGUGGUUUGCACGGGGCAUCACCGAUGAUGGUGUGGUCUUCGGCACCCAGAAAGACACUGAAGGCCGCAUCUGGCUCAACCCGCAAGUGUGGGCCAUUCUCAGUGGAGCAGCGAGUUUAGAACAGCGAGCAAAGAUCAUCCCACAGGUGGAGAAGCAACUUGGCACACCGUAUGGCAUUGCCAUGUUUGCGCCUCCGUUCCAAAGCAUGCGUGAAGACGUCGGUCGCGUGACACAGAAGUACCCAGGUUCAGCAGAGAACGGCUCAGUCUACAACCACGCUGCCAUUUUCUACAUCUACAGCUUGUACACCAUCGGCGAGCACGAUCGCGCCUUCAAGCUCCUUCGCCAGAUGCUGCCUGGUCCAUCGGAAGAGGACUACCUUCAACGUGGUCAGCUUCCAGUUUAUAUCCCGAACUACUACCGAGGCGCAUACCACGAGUUCCCACGCACUGCAGGUCGGUCCAGCCAUCUAUUCAACACAGGCACCAUGCCGUGGGUCUACCGCUGCCUCGUCGAAGGCCUCUGUGGUCUCCGUGGCGAUGAGCACGGCCUGCGCGUGAACCCGCAGUUGCCUUCACAGUGGAACAGCAUCAAAGUCACACGUCUCUUCCGUGGCGCUAAAUUUGUGCUCGAUAUCAGGCAUCAGGAUGUCGAGGAGGUGAUCGUCAAGAUUGGAGAGAAGGUAGUGCCUGAAGCGUACAUCAAAGACUUCGAGGCAGGGAAGACGUACCAGGUUUCUGUUUCCGUGCCGCGCUAAUUUGAGCGCUGCCAUGAUGCAUUGGCGGGUAGACUGACUGGUCAGCGAUUCUGAAUUUGCAACUUUGGAGUUUUGCGUUUAGAUCAUCUGGCUUUGGAGGUGGUGGUUUGCACUUGUGCGUCAUUUUUGCGUAGUGAACUUUAGUGUUUAUAUCUUUAGAGUCACGAACCAAAAUCCAACUGGUUUGGGAAGGCAGUGGGCGGGCGAGCGCAACCAGGUUGCUGAACUGGAAUGAGGGAGGCUUGAAAUGGAUUGGGUUGGGCUGGGCUGGUCAUCUUCUGGAUCGAAAGGCGAAACUUCCGUACGUUAGAUCCCGAAUGAAUCGCAAGAUUCGGCAUUUUCCUCUUCAGAAUCUUGUGUCUAUGCCUGCUGUACAGUGGUUGUCUUGAUUGCCGCAAAAUGAGUAACGUCAACUUGCCACUUACUUUUCUUUAAUAAAUGUCCUCAUCACGUUGUAAUGCUUGGAAAAUGAAUGUAAAUUAAAUGGCAAUCAAGUGAGC